UACUAGUUGAAAUGUUCUUUUCUCUAGCAUUGUAUGGCAUAUCUUUUGAUCGCAGAUUGGAUGAUAAUCUUUUAUAUUUUAGCAAGCUUUUCACAGCGGAGACCAUAGGAAAUUUCGACCCGAACUCUCCCUGUGUUUUGAUCGUCGAGCGUCCCGCACUGCCCAGCUGGUGAGGUUGUUGUAUUGGACUGCAAUUUUCAUGGUUGUUUCUUCACAGGUAGCCUCAUGUUUACGUUAUUUUAAAGGUGGAUGGAUAGGAGAUGUUAAUCACUCUGAAUUGCGGCACCUUUAUUGUAAGUUAUAUAUGUUUUGUCAAUGCGAGAAUACAUUUUCUUCGAGUUUUGGUGACCAAAGACGUGAAUUACGUCCCGACGUCCGACUUGUUCUACGUUUGUUGUGCACUGUCUUCGCGCGAUGUUUGACAUGAUAUGUGUUGGAAAAUUGUAAAAUUUUGUGCGUUGGAAUUCAUCUUAGCAUUUCAAUUUCUAUUCUUAUCAGAGAGGACUCCUAAUAAUCUUCCUCUGGUUGUCCCUUCAACAUAAUGAAACGCUCUGGUGCGGAACCUCAGGAGAGUGCAUUCCCGCAGCAGCGAGUCAAUACAACGGUGCCUGUUGAGAGGGUGAUUGGCAGCCAACGUAUCCCAUUGCCUUCAUCUGUCCCGGUCUUCGAGCAGGCAGUACAACCCGAGAACAUGGCUAGUGGUUUACAUUAUCAACCUAUGCCUGGAUAUUCUGUGCCACCAGUAGGACAGCCUGUCAGCCACCAUGGUGGGGUACACCAUCCACCAAACCAUCCCCAUCCACACGCUGCAUCCCAACAGGCUGCAACUCACCAACAAACCAUCCAUCAGGCUCAAGCACAGUCUCAGGCACAAGUUGCUCAGGUACAAGGCCAACAGCAGCAGCAACAACAACAGCAGCAGCAGCAACAACAGCAGCAGCAACAACAAUAUCAGAGGCUGAAAGUUGAGGAUGCUUUGUCAUAUCUCGACCAGGUCAAGCUUCAGUUUGGAAGCCAACCUCAAGUCUAUAAUGACUUCCUUGACAUCAUGAAAGAAUUCAAAUCACAAAGCAUUGAUACCCCUGGUGUUAUCAAUCGAGUUUCCAACCUCUUCAAAGGACAUCCAGAUCUCAUUGUUGGUUUCAACACGUUCUUGCCUCCUGGAUACAAGAUAGAGGUUCAAGCGAAUGACCCGUCACAGAUUAAUGUCAGCACACCUGGAAACCCAAUACCAAAGCUUCUGACUGUGACGGGCUUACACCCCAACAAUACACCAUCCUCUGGGCCAGCCAGCAGUCAUGGGUCGGUGGUUCAAACCCAGACUCAAGGACCACCUACACAGAGCUCCCAACCGCAAGUGGUAACACAACCAGCUAAGCAAGCUUCAGGAACAUAUGGACAGGCCAGUAUUUCAAAGGCGAAUCUCCAUCAGAUGGCGAGUGCCGUUCCCAUUCAGAACCAAGCUGCAGCUGGAGGACAUACCUACUCCCAACCCCCUCCCCCUGCUGCCCAGACGAGCCCACAACAGUCACAGAUUGGACAUGUUGCUACUGGAGGUGGUGGGGGAGGAGGAGGGGGCGGUGGAGGUGGUGGAGGAGGAGGUGGUGGGAGUGGUGGUGCGGGUCAGCCAGUAGAGUUUAAUCAUGCUAUAACGUAUGUCAACAAAAUUAAGAACCGGUUUCAAAACCAGCCUGAAAUCUACAAAGCUUUCCUGGGCAUCUUGCAUACCUACCAGAAGGAGCAACGGAUCGUCAAGGAAUCUGGUGGCACCUACCAACCUUCCCUAUCAGAAACGCAAGUCUUCAGUCAGGUGUCCAAACUGUUUGAAAACCAAGAGGAUCUCCUCAAGGAGUUUGGGCAUUUCUUGCCCGAUGCGAAUGGUGCUGCUGGAUUAGCGUCCUCCUUUGGACUAGGAAGGGACAAUCUCUCCAGAAUCCUUGUGCAAACUGAACACUCUGAAACGAAAAAACCACGCCAGACUCCUAAACACAGCAGUCAAGUAAAAAGACAAGGACAAGGAGCACAUCAUCCAAGCAAGAAAAUCAAGAUUGGUCCAACGAAAGACAUCUCUCUUGAUGAAGCAGGCAAACAUGGAAGCCUUAGUGAAUUUGCUUUCUUUGAUAAGGUGAGAAAAGCACUGAGUAGUCAGCAGGUCUAUGACAACUUUCUUCGGUGUUUGGUUCUCUUCAACCAAGAAAUCAUUUCGAGAGCAGAAUUGGUACAGCUUGUCAACCCAUUCCUUGGUAAAUUUCCCGAGCUGUACCGCUGGUUCAAGGAGUUCCUGGGCUACAAAGAAUCAGACAAAAUCGAGCCUCCUCACCAGCCCAAAGAAAGAUCCCAGGGAGAAUUAUAUACUGAAAUAGAUUUCUCCAAUUGCAAGCGUUGUGGAGCCAGCUACAGGGCACUUCCUAAGAGCUACCAACAGCCAAAGUGCGGCGGAAGAACUGGUUUGUGUAACCAGGUCAUCAAUGACACUUGGGUCUCCUUCCCUUCAUGGUCAGAAGAUUCUACAUUCGUUGCUUCCAGGAAAACCCAGUAUGAAGAACACAUCUAUAGGUGUGAGGAUGAGAGAUAUGAGUUGGAUAUAGUGAUAGAAAUCAACUCACAUACCAUCCGAGUGCUGGAACACGUGUCCAAGAAACUCUCCAGAAUGUCUCCUGAGGAAUCCUCCAAGUUCAGACUAGACAACUCCUUGGGUGGCACAUCAGAAGUUAUUCACAGGAAAGCCAUUCAGAGGAUAUAUGGAGACAAAUCACCAGACAUUAUUGAAGGCUUGAAGAAAAAUCCUGCUGUUGCUGUCCCCCUUGUUCUGAAAAGGUUAAAACUGAAGGAGGAUGAAUGGAGGGAGGCACAGAGGAAUUUCAAUAAGAUCUGGAGAGAACAGAAUGAGAAGUACUACCUCAAGUCUCUGGACCACCAGGGACUCAACUUCAAACAAAAUGAUGUCAAGGCACUCAGGUCAAAGAGUUUGUUGAACGAGAUCGAGGCAAUAUUCUACGAGAGACAAGAAGGUUUAGGUACUGGAGAGAAUGGAGCAGGGUUAUGUGGACCUCAUCUAUCUCUCCCCUUCAUGAAUAGGCAGUUCAUGGAGGAUGCCUCCUCACUCAUCAUACAUCAUACCAAGAGACAAACAGGAAUCCACAAGACUGAGAAGCAGAAGAUCAAGCAGCUCUUACUCCAUUUCUUGCCAGACCUUACCUUUGAGGAACGAGGAGAGCUAUCAGAUGAUGAGGAUGAAGAUGAAGAUAUGGAUACAGAUGAAGGGGACCAGUGUUCAAGAAAGGAUGCUGCUGCUGCUGACACUAAAAAAUCAAAAUUUGUCAAUGGGCCUCUUGAGAGGGUAAUUUGGGAAGCACCCGACUCGUAUCGUAUGUUCUUUGUGAACAACAACUGGUAUCUGUUCUUGAGGCUGUAUCACAUCCUGUGUGAAAGACUUGAGAAGAUGAAGAAGAGAUGUGAGGUAAUCAUGGAAACAGAAGGAGGCCUGAACAGGAGAGCUGCCAAGGAAUCGACGGCUUUAGCACUGGGAUUGAAACAACCACAAAUGGAUCCAAGCGAGUACUAUAACACGUUGUUGGAUCUGAUCCGAAGUCUCUUAGAUAACAACAUUGAGAGUGGUACCUAUGAAGACCAGCUGAGAGAGAUGUUUGGUAUCCAUGCCUACAUGGCUUUCACUCUUGAUAAGGUUGUCAGCAAUACAGUGAGACAGCUUCAGCACAUAGUGACAGAAGAUACGUGUAUGCAGGUCACAGAUCUGUUUGUGAAUGAGAUCAAGUCUGGUGGAACAGGGGGCAGUCUUGCUUCAAUGCCAGUCAGAGCAAACGCUGAAGCAUUGUACCAGCGGAAAGCAGAGCAGCUUCUAUCGGAAGAAAACUGCUUCAAGAUCACAUAUGCCAAGUCUGAUCGUAAGCUGUGCAUCGAGCUGUUAGACACAGAAGAAGAUCCCAGUGAUGAUCCUAUGGAGGUCGAUAAGUGGGUGGACUAUGUGGAGAAGUUUGUCCUUUCUGAAAGCAUCUCACCAGAACUCAGGGAACAGCUCACCAAGAAACCAGUCUUUCUACCAAGGAGCUUACGGAAGACUCGCCAGCAGUCACCCGAAGAGGACAAAGGUACCUGCCCAACGGACUUCAUCUCUCACAUCCUGGCAUCGGCCUCGGCGCAAGAAUCCGCCACGCCCCCUUCCCAAGAGGAAACGGACACCCAUAAUCAGGAAAUGCUGAAACAGAAUGACAAUUCACAGGACACAGACUCUAGCACGGAGACCAAGUCGACCGGUGAUCCCAACGGGAAACCCAUGGACAGUAUCCUUGGCGGUGCCACCCUCAAGGAUGGCAGGAAGAUACUGUCGAAGGUGGUGACCAAGGGUGAUAAGAAGACUGAAGGCAGGGUUGUGGUGGGUGGUGUGAUGAAUCCAUUGGAAGGUGUUGACAUGGUUAAUAACAUGGAAUGCAAGUUCAACCUCAACUCCUACAAGAUGGUUUAUGUUGUGAACUCGGAGGAUUACAUGUACAGGAGAACCUCAAUCACCAAGGCAAAACAGGCCCAUCCAAAGGUCACUGCCAGGUUAUCAGGUCGCUUCCAUGAAUGGGUUGACAAGUGGAGAGAGGCGAACGUCGGUGAUUCCGAGGCCGAGGCAGUCGAGAAGUGGUUCAUGGGUGAAGGCGAGAACCUGGUGCCGUGUCAGACUGCGAGCUACGAGAUCAAAAGCCCCAACGGAGUACACAGAAAAUUCAAGGUAACAUACCCAAAGAAAUCGCCAGAAGAACCCAGCAAGGAGUCGUGACUGCCGCCGAAUCCCUGCUUUGGAACUAUGAACAAUGAUAAAAGCAGGCUGUAUUGAGUUACUUUGAACAUGCAUCAACCGCUGAAUCAGGUGUUUAGAAGGAUCACCUCUCCAUGAUACUUCAAGUGUAUUCCCUUAUGAGGUCAUCUUAUAUAUUGAUAUUGUGGAACAGUACAUCACUCUAUGUUUGGAAUUCAUACAAAGAGAUCAACUUAUUAUUUAUAGUAGCCCAAUGAGAUACUUGCAGUAGUUCAUGCUUCUCUGUCGAGUGCUAGAAUUUUCUUUUUUUUUUCAUAUUUGUGCAGAGUGCAGUUACAGAUUUGAGUAUUUAUCAGUAUGGAAAACUGGAAUGGAGACCCUAACAGCAGAGCCUCAUGGAAAGGUGGCUUGUGGAUUUUCCUCUCUGCAAAUUUAUUUAUGUGUCAUGUAGACUUGGAAUUUUCCGGUGACUGUUGAAGCCUGACCAAAACAUUGUGAUAAGGUCGUAAGCCUACACGAAAGUGAAUUUAUGGUCUGUCAUGCAAGCUCCUGACAUAUAAUAUGCCUUGUACCUACAAGGAUCCGUUUUCCUCACAUAAAUGCAGAUUGUCUUCUUUUCAGAUUGGUCGGUUUGAUAUCAAGAAAGAGAUGUAUUCUUGUGGGAAACAAAGUGACCGAUGGCUUCAAGUCCUCUCUAUAGGACAUGGUAAUGAAGAUCAUUUGGUGACUUUGAAGUUUAGGCAUUUGCAUCGAGAGCAGAUUCUCAUGCCAACACCAAAUGUUGGUUAACAGAAUAAUACCAGUCCCGUUAUUGCGAGCUCAGGACGUCAAUCCUAACACCAGCAUCAUUACAGGUUUGGUGUUGUGGUUAGUGCUAAUUUUGCAACAACAGCCAGCUUUCAAAACCAAGCUUGGAAAAAUUCAAUGCCUUCCCCAAAGGCAGGAAUGCCACUCUUUUAGGAGAAACCUGAUGAAUCAAGACAGCUCAUCAGGUCCCUCCUUCUGCUGACAUCAUUGCAUAGGUUACAAGCCACUGAUUUGGGUUUUUAACCCGAGUUGCUUGUUGAAGAAACCUCUGCUCUAUCCCUGAGCAGUCAUCCUAUCAUAUUAUAUUGCUAAUCACCAUUCUAUUUAUAUACACUUAUGGCCAGAUUUGUUGAAUACUUUGCUGCAUAUUUUCUAAAAAUGUGUGUACAAAAGGCAAUAUACAUUCCAGGUCAGUAUACAAAUUCCCCAACAUUGAUAUAGUGUGCUUUUUCUUUCCCUCACAUCGCUUCAGUUUAUUCCACCCACCCAUCCCCUUUAUCACUUUGCCUUUCUUCACUAUCAUGUAUAAAUAUAGCUGAUACCUGUUCAAUUGUAUUUAUUAUACCUUUGCAUUGUUAGAUUGAAUGAAUUAUGCCAUAUUCUUCAUUUUUGCAUUUAAAAUCUGUGUGCAGGGCCUGGGUAGACUGAAUCAUUUCAUUUAAAUGCAGAUCUCAAAUCUGAAUAUGAAUUCACUGAUAUAGCGAGAUUUUUGGUGAGGCAGACAUUCUGUUGUUUGGUGUUGGGAGGUAGGAUUUCAAGUCUUAUUAUUGGAAUAUAAUGUACUAUGUUGGAAUUCAAUCUGGUAUUCAUGCAGCUCACAAAGAUCAAUAUGGAUUUGAGCAUGAAAAUACAUUAUUUCUCUAUAUUUUCUUCAAAUGGGCUUUGUGUUAGUUUUGCAAAUAAACACAUAGAAUCAUGAAAAAUAGUGGUUUGUUUGGUAUUUGAGGUUGGUUUAGUUCACAACCAAAACUAUUUAGAGAUGAUAAUGUAAGGCUUUUUUUACUGGUAGGAUCUAGUCUUCACCUCAUUCUGAAUAUUAAAGAGAUUUACUAUUCUCUUAAUAUCCAAGGUCGAAUGUGUGUUGAAACAGAAUGAAGUUUGAACUGGUACUUACACAUCUGAAAGCAUUUAAAUUCAAGACUUUCUACACCAAAUCUAUGUCCCCCCCCCCCCUUCUCUUCUCCCUAUUUUGCACAAUGUAAGGCUGGCUGGCUGUUCUUGGAGCUAUAUAGGUGAUUCAAUCCCGAUUAAUUUCUCAUCUUUCCAAUAGAAAAAGGGAUAAGUUUGACAUAGUAUUGUGUCCCUGGUCAUGUAGCACAAAGAUUUGAGAUAGAUCACAAGUAGAAAAGACAGUUGCUGAUUGGUUCCCGGUAAGGGUUUUGAACAAAAGAUACAUGGAUCAAUGAUCUUGAUUGGCCAUUGCCGUGAAGCGAUAUUGCAAACCUACUGUGCCAAAGCAUUCUGGGCCCACUAACAUAAAGCUUAGCAAUUGAUCAUGAGGCUGAUUUCUAAGAUUGAUUGCAUUGAUUAUAGUGUAUGAUCAAUCACAGAAAUUGGCCUUAUGAUCAAUCACUAACCUUUAUCUGACAGAACCCUGGCCUGGAAUGUAUUAUGCUUGCUUCUUUCUAUCAUUGUGAUAUGGAUUGUAACUUGGGUAUAGGUGCUGUGUUUCUGUUUAAAUUUCCCAAUCAUGAAAUCAUUGCUAUUUGCAUAUUAUUGAUCUCAGGAUUAAAAUGCUGAAGAUCUGUUUAAAUAUCGCAACCUUUGACACACUUGAGCACACCCAUUUUUCUAUUGCAUAUUCUAAUUACCACAACUUACAAUUAUCAGUAACAUUAAACCAAUUUCUGUUGUAAAUAACAUGGCCCAUUUAUCACAAAGCUUAGCAUUUGAUCAUAGGGCCAAUUUUUAUGCCUGAUUACAUUAACCAUUGUGUGUAAUUAUGUGUACAAAGUAACUGUGUGAUCAAUCGCUAAGCUUUUUGCUUCCGGGGGCCCUAUACUUGCCUUUCUUCAUAUGGUCAGCUCUACCAUUAUUGUGCAAUGGGGACUGGGAGAAAGUAUAUCUAGGGAAAGUGUUCAAUGAAUUGUGACAUUAAUUUAUUUUUUCUCCAAUUUGCAUUCACUUGACCCAUGCAUUUAGAACCAACAGAUUCUUAUCUAUUUCAAUAACACAUCAAACCCAUACUGUUUCUUUAAAGGGGAAAUUCAUCAUGAUGUUCAUUUUGUUGUGUGAAUACCAGAAAAUGAUUAAAAGAUAAGGGUGAAGGUUUGAGAAAAAUCCAUUGAAAAUUGAGAAAGUUAAUUUUGAUUUUUGAGCCGCAGCCCCAUUUUGUAUGUAAUAUAAGAUGCAUAAAUUUCAAUGUUGUAAUGUUUUAUUAUGACUUUGAAUAUUCUCCUUCCAGGAGCAAGAUUGAAAUUAUUUGUCUGUUGAUAUACUUGGGCACAAUAAAAGCCACUUUCACUUUUGCAAGAAAAUGACAUUUCAUUGAAUGUUAAAGUUCACAAUACAUGGUUGCAUAUAACAUCACAUAUAAAAAAUAAAAUUCUAAAAACUUUUUAAUCUGGUGGAUGAAACUCAAAGUGUAGCCUGAUAUUUGUUAUUAUUUUUCUGCUUUGUUUACAAGAAAGUUUUGUCAGAGUGAACUUCCCCUUUAAGACAGUAAAGGUAAUUGUGUUGGUCCCGUCCCACCUGUCAUUAACAGUCUUCUUGAGAACCAAGCAUGGUGUGUACAUGUAUGAGAUGUUUAUUAUCUAUGGGUAAAACCGUGUAAAAAUGUAAAUUAAACAAAUCAUGUCUAUAUUUACACUUUGAAACUUGGGUGUUGUGUAGAGACAUGUGUGUAUAUGUAUAUAUAUGUAAAUAUAUUUUU